AGUGAACAUCAAUCUUGUAUUUUCCUUUAAUUACAGUACAUGUCCAUUUUUUCAUUUCUUAUUUGUGUCUAUGUUCAUAAUGGCCAUAUACAAAUCAAUUAUUAUAAAUAAGGGUUGGAUUUUGAGAUUGAGACUUUAAUUACUAAUAAUGGUUAUAAUUAAGAAUAGAUAUAGAUAAUAAUACGUUCUCAUUCUCCACUACUAUUUAGAUAUAUCCCAUAUUAUUCUUGGUCUAAGUACGACAUAAGAAAAGAUGAAGCGACCAAACUUGGUCACUUCCCUAUUACAGUCAACUUUCCUCUUCUUUUUGUUAUCCGUUUCGAUUGUAUAUGCUCAACCCUUACCGCCUCCAAAAUUUGAUGGGUUUGUCUAUGGAAAACACCGAGUCGAUUGGGAUGCGAUUCAAAUUGAAGCGUUUCUCGACCCUGUUUGCCCCGAUAGCAGAGAUGCUUGGCCACCCCUCAAACAAGUUCUAGCCCUCUAUGGAGACCGUGUUUGGCUUCUCGUACACCUAUUGCCUUUGCCUUACCAUGAUAAUGCUUUUGUGGCUUCACGUGCUUUACACAUAGUUAAUGGUAUAAGUAAUCAUCAUUAUACAUUCAAGUUGUUGGAGUGGUUCUUCAAGUACCAGGAAAAAUUUUAUAAUGCUCAAACUCGCAACUUGACAAGAACAGAGGUUGUGAAUGAGAUUGUUAAAUCUGCAACACAAGUAGUUGGAAGCUCCUAUCUUGGUACUCUUGAAUCUGGAUUCAAUGAUAGGAAAACAGACCUUAAAACAAGGGUUUCCUUCAAGUAUAGUGCCGCAAGAGGGGUGUAUGGAACACCUACUUUCUUUAUCAAUGGAUUUCAAUUACCUGAUGCUGGCUCCCCAUUAGAUUUUAAUGGAUGGAAAACUAUUAUUGAUCCACUCAUUGGGAAUAAGACCACGAAGAACAGUGAUAAUAUGCACUAUUUCUUAUGAAAAACUUGGCCAUGAAGCCUUGGGAAGAAUAAACUCUAUGCUGGAAAACUGUGGCUCAAUGUUUAUGUUUUGUAUUUGAUACUGUGAUUGUGACUCCUGUAGUUGAAGAUUUACAAGAAGAAGAAUGGGCUCUUAGUUGUUUGCAUUAGAAUGUGUUGCUUAUUGAGCUUGAUUUGCUCUGCUAUCCUCGAUGGUAAUUUCUAAACUUAUAAUAAGACAUGAUCUAAAGUUCAGAUGACAAAUUUUAAUAUAUAGAAAUGUUACAUUUGAAAGUUCA